CGAAGGAUACAGCCACCAAGUGCCGCAGUUUGAAUCAAACAUUUUUUGUUCGAUGAAAAAGUAACAUAAUAGUGCGAAAUAAGUUGAACUAGACAUAAACAAAAGGAAAUAAAACAAUAAAAGACGAAUUAGUAAGCUUGAACGGGAAUUAUUUUCAUUUCAAAAGUAUUUUGAUGGAUACUGCUUCAGAUGUUGUGAACGAUAAAAAUCAUGAAGAAAAACCGGAUGAAGUACGAUUGUUAGUUCCGAGUGUACCACAACAUGCUGUAAUAAUGCCCAUGCAAAAUGAUUCAAACGGAUUACUGAAACCCGUAGCUCAGCCAAUUCGGUCGCGUAAAAGUUUUUGUGCUAAUCCCGAUUUAACAGGAUCACGUCGCCCAUCGGCAAUUGUAUCAGCUUUACAGCAAGAUCAUCGUGCAUCCAGUUCAGGAAAUAUAUUUUUGGACCUAAUUCAUGGAAAAUUGUUGGGAACCGGAAAAUCGAAAGGAAGUACGGUCGAUAUUGCUGAUGAAGAUGGUUUUGUGCACUUAGAAAUGGAUCGCGAGACUGAAUUUCGUAGAAAGAACCGUAAACAGGGUAGUGAUGCAUUGACUAGUACUUUAAGCGCAUUCUAUGCUAAGCUUCUAGUCGUAUUGGGCUUUUCGUUCCCAGUCACUGAUGUUUUAACGGAAAAAGCACCCAACAAAUUUUAUCAGGGAUUUUAUCUUUAUUUAUACAUUGGUAGCAUUGCUUUUGUUGCAUUCAUGUAUAUCGACCGCAUUCGUUCACGGCGCUCACAAAGAUACGCUGCAAAUAACACUAAAGAUAAAGAUAAACGAAGUUCAUUAGAAAUUAUUCAGGCAAAAUCAAGACUGGGGAGUUUUUAUUUAAGAGUUGGUGCUGUUGCUUUUGGCAUUGGCAGUAUGGUGUAUUCGGGUCUUGAGAUUGGACAGUAUUUUGAAUUGAAAGGCGAAAAGGGUUGCAGAAAUGUCCUCAUCGCUUUCACGCCCGCCACACGAAUGGUCCUGUCUAUCGUACAAAUGCAAUUUAUUUUUCUUAAUACAAAAGACUUUGAAAUGAAGCGUCACAAAGUCAUCGUAAAAUUUGGAUUAAUGCACAUGCUCGCUACGAAUUUAUGCGAGUGGCUUUACGUAUUAAUCGAGGAAACCCGACAUGAGAUUAGUAACAACAUUGAAAAUGUAACAGGUGUAAAUUCGGAACAUUUCAUGCAUCCCGAGAAUGCAUUGUUGAAUGCAACUAUCGAUAGGGUGCGGCAUGCAACCACAUCAGAAAUUAUCGACUGUCGACGAGUUAACAUUAUGGGAAAAUUGCUAAAUAAUUCAAGUAGCUUUCUCUUCCCAUGUACCAUCGAGUAUUCGCUCAUUUGUGCUGUGAUUUUAUUUGAAAUGUGGAAACAAAGCAUUAACACGGGUCAACCGAAGCGAUCACGUGAUCGAAAAGUUUCGACCACCGCACAAAAUGCACAUCAUUUUUCCGUUGACUGUUCUCGUGCUCACCAUGGCAUGUUCGCUGGGAUUUUAGUUAUAGUUUUAACGAUAAUUUCACUCAUCAUGUUUUACGUGCUCAAUAUUCCGUUGUAUCACACGCUUGCCACAUUGGAAGUUACCAUCACCGAAACGAUUUUAUACGUGUUAACUUCGUUGGCCGUAUUCGGUGCAUUCAUAAGAAUGCGUGAUUUGAAAUUUUGUCAGACAUUCGGUGGAAUGCCGUUGGACUUGUUGUUGUUGGUUGUAGCGCAAAGUGGUGUAUUCCUUUACUGUCUAUUUGCAAUCAUUGGCUGUUAUUUUACAUUAGCAGAUGGUGGUAUAUUCGGUUUAAUUUCCGAAGUAUUUUCACUGAUUCAAACGUCGGUGCAAACAUUAUUCAUAUUGAAUGCAUGGGGAAGACGGUGUCGAAGUGCACGGGAGAAUAGGAAAAAGCCGGGCAGAGAGAUUGUCACCUUUUUGCUGGUCGCAAACAUGUCACUGUGGAGCAUAAAUGCAUUAGUUAAGAAUCGGGCCCAUUUUCGUGAAACGCAUUUAGAAUUUUUCGGUCAAUGGUCUUGGACGAUUAUAACGCAUGUUUCUGUUCCGCUUGCCAUUUUUUAUCGGUUUCAUUCAACAAUUUGCCUAUUCGAAAUAUGGAAAUCAGUAUACAAAGUGCGACACACUGCUCAAUCUGGAGUUCCACAUUUGAAAUGAACGACUUUUAACAAAUUUCAAUGAAUUUUCUUGUUAAUAAAA